CUUUAAGGAUAAUAAAUAUAUCUAUAUAUUGAAAGAAGCGCUCAAUAAAUUUUACGGACAAUAAGUUCACGCCUCCGUCUCAAUUGUCGUUCUGUACGUUUCCGUCCCAAUGCAGAAAAUGCCCUCGCAAAUUUUAAACGAUGGCAGUGGGUCUGGCAGCUUGAACAAUGCGGCUUCAUUGCUGGGCGCUUCCCCAAAUGCCAUUACAGUGAAGACUGCCUACAAUGGUCAAGUGAUCAUAACGACCAUAGACAAGAACAUUACCUACGAGGAUCUAUGCUAUGAGAUACGCAAUAUUUGUCGCUUUCCCAUCGAUCAGCCUUUUACCAUCAAGUGGGUCGAUGAGGAGAAUGACCCGUGCACCAUAUCAACGGACAUGGAACUGAAUGAAGCCAUACGAUUAUACGAGAUGAAUUACGAUUCCCAGCUAGUUAUACAUGGUAAGUGAAACAGUUUUGCUUAU